UUGUCUGGAGGAUUAAGAGAGAAUUAAGAGAGAUAUUUCCAUAUCUAACUUGUGGAAAACUAUUGAUGUCUUAACAGGAGAUAAGCCCUGUGGACUGCAGAACCACUAAGAAAAAGAUCAAAGGCUACGGCAUUAAAAUGUAUAAAAUGAGAGUACAAGAAGCGAUUUCUUUUUUAAAUGUUAAUUGUGUAUUUAAUGUGUAUGUGUGAGUUUGUGUGCACCACUGUGCAUGCAGUGCCCAUGGAGGCCAGAAGAGGGGAUCCAACCCCCUGAAACUGGAGUUACAGAUGACUGUGAGCUGCCCUGUGGGUGCAGAGAAUCAAACCUGGGUCUUCUGAAAUAGUAGCAAGUGCUCCAAACCACUGAACCAUCUCUCUAGCCCCAAGAAGCACACUUCUUCAAAGGAGGCUGCAGAACCGCAGAUAAAGGAAAUCAAGUGCAUGUUGUGAAAUGUAAACGCCAGUGAAGCAGACAGCUAAACCGAUGAGCACCAAGCAGAUUACCAGUCUUAGCAGAGCAAGGAGCAAGGGGCUGUCCUGCAACCAAGCAGUGGACACACUGAGAUCCGGUCUGUGUGAGGCUGAGGGAGCUGACAGGAGAGAACAUAUUAACUAUAAACCAGUAACUAUGUAAAUAACGACUGAACAUGUGUACAUGUGUACCUGAGUGGGGUGUAAAGACUGAUAGAAAAAAAAGCAUAAUAGGCAAGGUGGGUAAAUGGAGGACGUAGGCAGUAGCCAGGUGGUAGGUGAAAUGUAGACAGACAGUAGAUUAAUAGGUUAUUUGAUAGAUGCUGUUGCAUAAGUUAUAGAUUGAUGAUAGGUAGUGGAUAAAAGAUAGCAAAAUGAUAGGUGAUUGAUAACCAGUGGAUAAAUGAUUGGCAAAUCACACACACACACACACACAGUAUUUCAGAAAAGAAUAAUGCAGAAGCACUUCGAGUUGGGUUUAGACCGGAUCACAUAGAACAGAGGAGAAAGGGGGAUUUGGUGCAUUGGGAAGAACACUGGUGUGUCUUCCACAGGCUUGGCGCCUGCUUCCUCUCUAGCGCAGCUCACUCUGUCAUUCCCUGAGAUGGUGUCACAGUCCUUUUUACCUAACUCUCUCUGAGUCAACAGGAGCAGUGUAUUCGGCGGCGGUGGGACUAUUCUGGACUCUUCCCCUCCAGUGUGUGCUGUUUACUUCCUCCACGCUUCCCCUUCCUGCCUCCUGCUCAGAUCACUGUGGCCCGGGUGGGGGUGGGUUGACCCUUUCUCUCCAGCGCCUUUUGCCAAUGAGCUCCCUCCAGGGGCUGGAUUCCCAGCAAGGGCUGUGGUGGUAACAACGGUUUCAUUCUUGAAAAAUUUGGGCCAUUUAGCCUGUACUGGGCACUUGGCCAGAUGGCCAGGGAUUCAAAGGCCAUAGCAGAGGCCCAUGGUAGCCAGGUGGGUGAAGGGGAGCGAGGACGUGCCACUUGCCCUGCAGAAGAUUCCUGACCUACAGAGUGACUGACCAGGUGGUCCAAGGAGCCUGGAAAUGGACGCCAUUCACAUCGGCAUGUCCAGUUCCCCACUGGUGAAACACACCAAUGGAGUUGGACUCAAGGCCCACAGACCUCGCGUCAUGUCUAAGAGUGGACACAGCAAUGUGAGAAUCGACAAAGUAGACGGCAUCUAUCUGCUCUAUCUUCAGGACCUGUGGACAACAGUCAUUGACAUGAAGUGGCGAUACAAACUCACCCUGUUCGCUGCCACCUUCGUGAUGACCUGGUUUCUGUUUGGAGUGGUCUACUAUGCCAUAGCUUUUAUUCACGGUGACUUAGAACUUGGGGAGUCCAAUUCUAAUCACACACCCUGCAUCAUGAAAGUGGAUUCUCUCACAGGAGCAUUCCUCUUUUCCCUGGAAUCCCAGACAACCAUUGGCUAUGGGGUCCGUUCCAUCACAGAGGAGUGUCCUCAUGCCAUUUUCCUCUUGGUUGCCCAACUGGUCAUCACCACCUUGAUCGAGAUCUUCAUCACGGGGACCUUCUUGGCCAAAAUCGCAAGACCCAAAAAGCGAGCCGAGACCAUCAAGUUCAGCCACUGUGCCGUCAUCAGCAAGCAGAACGGGAAGUUGUGCUUGGUCAUCCAGGUGGCCAACAUGAGGAAAAGUCUCUUGAUCCAGUGCCAGCUCUCGGGAAAACUAUUGCAGACACACGUUACCAAAGAGGGAGAGCGCAUCCUCCUCAACCAGGCCACCGUCAAGUUCCACGUGGACUCCUCUUCCGAGAGCCCUUUUCUCAUUCUGCCCAUGACCUUCUACCACGUGCUGGACGAGACGAGCCCCCUGCGGGACCUCACACCCCAGAACCUAAAGGAAAAGGAGUUCGAGCUGGUGGUGCUCCUCAAUGCCACUGUGGAGUCCACCAGUGCCGUCUGCCAAAGCCGAACGUCCUACAUCCCCGAGGAGAUCUACUGGGGCUUUGAGUUUGUGCCUGUGGUUUCUCUCUCCAAAAAUGGGAAGUACGUGGCUGACUUCAGUCAGUUUGAGCAGAUCCGGAAGAGCCCGGAUUGCACCUUCUACUGUGCGGAUUCUGAAAAGCAGAAGCUGGAAGAGCAAUACAGGCAGGAGGACCAGAGGGAGCGUGAGCUCAGGAGCCUCCUGUUACAGCAGAGCAAUGUCUGACCCCGGCCGGCCUCUGGGAAGCCCCAGAGCCGCUCCUGACCAGGGCUCCCCGCAAAAGCUAUGGCCGCUGUGCACAUGGGAGGGUGGACCCGAGACCAAACCACACAGAUGUUCAUGACCCAUCUUUCUCUUUGUUCUGGUGGCUGAACAAGCAUCUCUCAAUAUAAAAGGAUUUCUUCAGAGGCCCUGGUCAGAGGUGAACACUCAAAUUCAGAUUCCCCCCCCCCAAAAUGGAAUUAUAUAUGGAAGGAGUGAGUGUAGAAGAUGGGGAGAAUACCUGUCCCGGCGACAGACAUGCAGCAAUGUUGAUAGCGAAUGGAAUGUAUGUCUGUAGAAGAACAUCAGCCUAUAAUUCAAAGUAUUUAUUUAACCCACCUGUCAAGGGCAUCAUCAGCGGCUGAUUCUGAGGCAUGAUUCGUUAUCGGCUUGUAUCACUGCUGAAGAGCCUGCUCCUUCUCGUGCUCAAGUGUGUAAGUUACACCUGCAGUGACGGCCGUCUGGGAAGGACCGGACACUGCUGGGGAGCAGGGACUUCGAAAAAUACAGUCAUUUGGUUUUUACAUUUUUUUUCAGUGGAUUGAUUGUGUGGAGUGGAAGUAGUCAAAUCAGGAUUUAAGAGUUCUGAGCAUAUGUCCACAUCUGGAUUCUGUUGUCCCUGUCAUUUUCGGGGGAAGCAUGCACUAGCCUCUUUUUCCUUCCAAAUGCCCCUCACAGACAAGCCAGACAGCACCAUUUAGCGACAUGCUGGCAAUACACGCAAUCAGGUCUGGCCAGGCUUACGGAACAUCAGUAUUGUAAGCUCUGCUCUGAGUAAUAGUGUCAAUGUCGUUGUUCUAGAACCACACAGAAAAAUGGCCGCGUGGGUUCCAUGCCCUUACGGCCUCCAGAUCUGCCCGUCAGUCAGUGCUGUUAAUCCAUGUGUCUCUCAGACAUUUCAGUUUCCCCUGUGAACAUACCUUGGCCACAGAGAAAUUGCACAAAAUUACUGAUGUCUUAAGAACGGAGCAGCUCCCUGAGAGCUGUGAUUGUCACAGCCACGAUAAGUACGUGACUUGAUGAUUAUAGUCACCACAAAAGAAAAUUGAAGCUGUGUCACCGUGUAGGACGUCAGCACAGAUGCUGCAGCCCGUGAGGCUGGGUGACAGCAGGAAGAGCAGCGGAGGGAGGGGCGUCUGUAAGCAAGAGGACCCCUUGUGCAAGAGCCCAAGCACAUGCUUGGUGUCCAGACACACCUCAUACAGCUCAGUGUUACAGGGGGAACAUUUCCCUCUAAAAAAACUAGAGUUUAAGGUCUGCAUUUUGGGGGAAAGAGAAUAAAUGGCCAGAAACAGCUAAAUACGUAAAAGUUGUGUGUGCUCCUUUUAUUCAAAUCAGGACAAACUGUAAAUUCACUCAAGUGCCAUGUGACCAUGAAUGUGCAGGCAACACACACACACACACACACACACACACACACACACACACACACACACACAGUGUGCGUGUGUUAUCUUCAAUCAUUCAAAAGUAUUUUUUCUGUUCUUGAUUUCAUGGCAGGCUAUUUUAGGUUGCCUCUCUUCAAAAACUGUUGGGUGCUUGCCUGUUUAGAUACUAGUGCCUCUAGCUACUAAUCCUGUGUAUUUGGGUUGUAUAUUAUAGCAGAAUCAAUGGGAAAAAUCACGUCACAGAGUUGUUUGUGGUGACUUUUCUAUUGCAUUAUGAAAUCCUUCAUACAAAAUCUACCUUGGUGCCCAUCUGAAUCUGAUUGAUACCAGUAACUCAGCUCGCUUCUGCUGUAUACGGUACAAUGGUGACAUGUCAGACUCCAUCAUCUUUGUAUAAUCACUGGGGAUAUUAUUUUCAGCCAGAUUUGGAAUAUCUGAAUAUUUGAUUUAUUUUCAAUACACACAAAUAUAUGUAAUGCCUUCAAAACCAAUGUAUGGGACAGGUGUGCUGGCACAUGCUUGUAAUCCCAGCACUUGGGAAGUGGAGGUACAAGGAUCAAGAAUUCAAGGCCAGCCUUGAUGACAUAAUGCCUCCACUACAUGAGUUCCUCUAUAUAAAAAACAAAAGUACAAUAAAUCAUAUUGUAACAUAAUAUUUAGUAAGUAGUUCUAUAGUUGACUGAUUUGAAACUUAACAUUUUCCAGAAUCUCUUAGCUAGUAUUACUUUGAAUCACAUGUUCUCAUGUUAAUAUGCUAACAAAAGAGUUAAGUGGUGGAUGUUAUCUAGGCAGGCUUCUGAUGGAAACAGACUCAUAAGAGUCAUCAAAACAAUGGAGUGCUUAACCUAAAGAAAGCUUUGUGAUUUUCAGAAACCCAAUGCAUCAACCUUCUCAGUGGCUGUUCAAAUGUGCUUCAUUUUGGAGGCCACAGGGCCAAGAGCAGCAGAUCAGUGUAUACCACAAGCCACUGAUUCUGCUUGCUGUCUGUGACCCCAGACACCGGAGGAGAGAUGCACCCUUUGACCCACACAAUGAGCCGCCUUGGGUUGGAGUUGGGAGCUAAACAUUGUUUCUCUUUUUUCUUUUUAUUCAUGGGGAAAUUAAUAGCACAGUUUUUGAAUAUCUAAAAUAAAUGCAUAAUGGUAAGAAAAAUAAUAAUAUUCAUUAGUGGACCAAAUAUUUAGAUAAAUGUAAACACCCAUUUUGUUUGAUCUUUAUUUGAAUUAAAUUUCUACUUUGAAUUG